AUGCCGCUGCACGCAGACCCGCCAAAAGCCCUAGGAGUAGAACCGACCUCGACGACAAUGGAAGGAGGUACGGAGGAGUUACAAUGGCAAUCGGAGCCGGAAGCGGAAUCUAUCGUCUCCGUGACGCUCGCGCGUGCCAUGAGUGCUCUGCUCUGUGCUCGACCCAAGAAGCUCCAGGACGCUAUUUUCCGCCUCUCUUCACUGACCCAAAGACCCUCAAUGGGUUCUUUGGAGGACUCGCUAUGGUUCUUGCACAAGUAUGUAAGCGAUGCUGCUGAGAAGGAGGAUUCAUUCGAUCAAGUUCUCGUUCCCAUGAUCGAAAAUGCAUUGAAGUCCAAAGAUUCUAAGCAUGGUGGCCAAGCCAUGAUACUGAUAAACUGGCUCUUUCAAGAUGAGUUGCUCUUUGAACCUUUGACGAAUGGUCUUGCUAGCAUCGUUACAAGGAAGAAUGAUCGUUAUUUAUUGGUUGGAUGGUGUGUAAUUGUUCGAGCUCUUGUGGACUACGAUACUAUUACCAGUCAAUCUCCUUUUAGUGGGAUAAGGGGGAGGUGCGAUGGGUUGAUAAAGAUACUCUCCGCGUGCCUGCCACAUCUGGCCGGUAUUGUUUGUCAAGGAAGCACUUUGCAGGAUGGGUUUGAGUUGCCAACUCGUCUUGGAGUGUCUGCUGCUGAUUGUUUUUUGACCCUUACAGAAACAUUAACCAAAAUGGCUGAGUCUCAAAGUAAUAAGUUGAAAUCAGAUGCAAGAGCAACAAGUCAGCUGAUUACUUUAGUUCCAUCCGCUAGUGACAAGGAAGGGAAAUUAGCUUCUAAAUCUUUGACGAUGCCCAACACUGGAGGGGAUUAUAUUUUAUGGCAUCAUUUGGAUGGAAUGAUUUGUUUGGUGCAGCGGCUCCUUGCUUGGAACAAAAAAAGUCGAUUUUUACAUGCCAAAGGGUUGGAGCAAGUGCUUAAAUGGUUGGAAGAGAUAAAGAAUCACUACUGUUCCUUACAAGAUGAGGCAGAUUCUAAUGUUCUCAAGACGGGAGAUUUGCUACUAUCUUCUUGCUGGAAGCACUAUAGUAGGCUAUUAUACUUGGAAGACCAGAAAUUUCCACAGCGUUACAAGGAGCUUUUGGACCAGUAUCUGUCUGGGAUUCAGUAUUAUAUGGACAACCAUUCUUGCGGGCUUGCUGACAAGAAAGAUAGUGAAGUGGAGACAAGACGGUUUUUCUUGAUUUGUUUAUGCCUAUUAUUGGGACGUCUAGAUAGCAAGAAAUUUGAAAGCACAAUAUUAGAAUGUGGGAUGGAUAUAUCACGGAUUCUUGUACCACAGCUAACUUGUACUAGUGAAGACAUUAUCGAUGGGGUGGUUUCAAUCUUCAAGGCUAUCAUCUCGAAGCCGAAUUGCUCAACUGGAAGCACAAAUAUUAACAGCAGACAAGUGGACGCUGUAAUGCCUUUUCUGCUCCACCUUCUAGAUGAGCAGGAAGGUACAGCAAGGGCUGUGGUUAAGCUGAUAGCAGAAUACUGCUCAAUGAGCGAAGAUGGUAAGUGCCUUGAAGAAGUUUUAAAGCGCCUUUCAUCUGGAAAUAUUUCCCAGAGACGAAAUGCUAUUGGUGUUAUAUCAGAAGUGAUUGACAUAUCAACAAAUUCACAGAAGUCUUCUCUACUUUCUGCUUGGCAAGAUGUAGCCAACAGCUUGCUGGAGCGGCUUGGAGAUGAAGACAUUGUGAUUCAGGAGCUGGCUUCCAAAUUACUUCCAGCUUUAGACCCUUCAUUGCACUUGCCAACAUUGGUCAGUCUUGUUUACUCUCCUAUUGAGAGGGUACAAUCAUCUGCUACUGAUGCCCUUAUUAGGGUCCUCAAAUUUCACAACCAGAAAAAUGAUGUCCUACUUUUGAUGCUAGACUGCCUUAGCAACAUCAGCCAAAGCGUAGAUCUUCCAGAGGUGGCAGAGAAGAAAGGAUCAAAGUUGGAUGCUGACCGAGUACUCAAGCUGACUCCGGAGUGGUCUAAUAGUGUUCAAGACUGGAGCUUCUUGAUUGGACCGUUGAUAGACAAGAUGUUUGCAGAUCCCUCAAAUGCAAUUAUUGUCAGAUUCUUGAGUUAUAUAAGCGAAAAUCUGUCUGAUGCUACUGAUUUAGUGUUGCAUCAGGUUCUGCUACAUGCGAGAGGACAGAAGGAAAUUGAUGAAAGUUUCUUAUCAAGAUGGGAGAAUAGAACCUAUACCAAUGAUGAGUUUGUAGAAAUGCAGCAUUCUUUGUUUGAGCACCUUUGCCCAUUGCUUAUCAUUAAGAUGCUUCCACUGAAGGCUUUUAAUGACCGCAAUUCAUUGGUUAUGUAUGGAAAUCCCAGUCAAGACAUAAUGCCUGGCACCAGGAUCGUUGAGGUUGGUCAUGAGUGUAUUGCUGGUCUCCUUUUAAGCAGGGCAUUUUGUGACUUUGAGUUUGAAGAUGUUCGGAAGCUUGCUGCUGAGCUUUGUGGGCGCAUUCACCCCCAAGUAUUAUUCCCUGUACUUUGCUCCAAGUUAAAGCAGGCUGUUGAUACUAAGAAUAUACUGAAGAUAAAGGCUUGUUUACUUUCAACCUGCACAUCGCUUGUGAUCAGAGGCUGGGAGUCUUUUUCUCAUCCUGCUAUUUUUACUGUUAGAAAGAUGAUUGAAAUAGUGUUGUUGUGGCCAAGUCUUGAUGCUGAUUCAGUUUCAAAAGCACAACAUGGAUGCAUUGAUUGUCUAGCACUGUUGUUAUGUGCUGAACUACAAGCUGAGGAAUCAAUUACAAAGUAUGACUCAGGUUCUGCAUCAGGGGUUUCUGUUAUCACUUACGUGAUCAGUCAUCUCAUCCAUGACAAGGAGGAUCUUAAUUCAGCUUCCGAGAUGGAUGGUAGCAGCUCUGCAUUUGCGUCUGCUGUUCCUCUUCCUUUUCGUUUGUGCAUGGCCAAUGUCCUUAUCAGUGCUUGUCAGAAAAUCUCAAAAUCUUGCGCCAAUCAAUUUGCGGCACAUGUUCUUCCAUCUCUCCUUUCUGUUGAGUCUAAAAUGAAGUCAGAGAUUAGAGCAUCGUGCAUCCAGGUCCUAUUUUCUGCAGUCUAUCAUCUAAGAUCGGCUGUUCUUCCUUAUGCAUCUGAGCUUUUCAAAGUUUCACUGAGAGUGCUCAAAAACGAGUCAGAAAAGCAGGAAAGGAUGGCAGGUGCGAAACUAAUGGCAUCUCUUAUGGCCAGUGAAGAUGUAAUUUUGGAAAGCAUAUCAGCGGGACUAUUAGAAGCAAGGUCUGUACUCUCAACGAUGUCGUUAUCAGAACCUUCACCUGAGAUAAGACAGCUAUGCAGAAAGUUGUUGGCAUGCAUAUCUUCUACCUAGAUUUGCAACAAAACACAGCUUUCCUCUUCACGCCCACUCGCCUGCCGCCUAUUCAUGACUCACCGCAUUGGCUUAGCUGCUGGAAAAGCUCGACCCUCUUCGCUUCUUGCUCGCCCCGCCACCUGUCCCUCCUAAUUCUUGUGCCCUCUUAUUCUCUCAGAUGUUAACCAUUUUUUCACAAUUUAUCUUGAUUUAUUUAAAAAAAAUAUAUUUAAAAUUUUAAUUUUAUAAAAUAUACUGACGCAGUAUUGUCUCCCCUUAAUCUACCAUUCAAGUCAACCCUAGCUCCAUUCUUUCAAAUUUUCCAUUUUCUCCUUUCACCCUCUAAUUCUUCUCAUGUGAAAAUAAAUAGCCUCCUUCCUAGAUUCCCAUCUAUGAAUCGCCCACCACACAAUAUUCCACACAUUUUGCGCUGAUUUCUCGCGACGUUUCUCUCUUCAUCUCCGUGGUGAUCGCCUCGCUGUUCAGAAAUGCUGCAAAUUCUGUUCGCUGUUGCCUUUUCCGCCGUGCCUCUCACCCUCUACGUCCCUCCGAUCCGGAGCUUCAAUCUCUUUGUCCAGACCAUCGAAGACUUCUUGCGACAGACCACCCUCUACACCCUUAGAGCAUAUCCUCGCGUGAGAUUCGCUCUCUCACGCAUCUUCAAUUCCCUCGUCCGCCCGACCAGGUAGAUUUUUGAAUCUUCAAGAAAUCUGGAGAUUUUGUGUUCUGAAAUUUGUAAUUAUGAUGAAUAAGCUUCGUAUGUGAUUAAUUAAUUGUAAUAGGUGAUCCUUUAGCUAUUCUGACUGCUCUUGUCUAUCCAUUUUGUGGGAAUAUCAGUUUUAGAGUUUAAAUUGUGUUCUUGCGCGUCUUCAGAGUUGAGUGUUGUUUCUUCGAGAUCAUUAGGAUAUUCUUCGAUGGAAAUCUUGGGGGAUUCAAAGAGAAAUCUCCUGGAUGUCCUGUUGUAAUUCUGAUGUUUUCCAUUUAUUUUGACUUGAUCGACUGCAUGAGUGCCAAAUCCCAA